UGAGCCGGGCUUCUGGCCCCGCCCCAGCCCGGCGCCCGGGAGCCCCGCUGCGGGUGUCACUCGCCGAGCGGGUAGGGGCGGAGUGCGGCCUGCGGCUGCGACGACCGCAGCGGCGGGAAGUGGAGCCUGGCCCGGAAGCCCGCCACCCGCGGCCAUGACUGUGGCGGCCCGCGGCUUCUCGCUGCUCCGCGGCCGCCUGGGCCGAGCGCCCGUGUGGACGCCCAGAGUGGUAGCGCGCGCCCUCCGGGGCUUUCAGAGCAGCGGCGUGAGACAUGAUGCCAUUAUUAUCUCAGGAACCGAAAUGGCCAAACAAAUCCAGAAAGAAAUACAGAGAGGUGUGGAGUCAUGGAUCUCCCUUGGGAACAGAAGACCCCACCUGAGCAUCAUUUUAGUGGGCGAUCACCCAGCCAGUCACACCUAUGUCAGGAAGAAGAUCAAAGCUGCCUCUGCAGUAGGUAUCUGUAGUGAGGUCAUUCUAAAACCCAAGGACAUUUCUCAAGAAGAGCUUUUGGAUAUAACUGAUCAGUUGAACAUGGAUCCCAGAGUUAGUGGUAUAUUAGUUCAGUUACCACUGCCAGACCAUGUGGAUGAACGAACUAUAUGCAAUGGAAUUACUCCUGAGAAAGAUGUAGAUGGAUUCCAUAUUGUCAAUAUUGGAAGACUGUGUCUUGAUCAGCAUUGUCUCAUACCUGCCACUGCCAGCGCUGUGUGGGAAAUCAUCAGAAGAACAGGAAUUGAAACAUUUGGGAAAAAUGUGGUUGUGGCUGGAAGAUCCAAGAAUGUCGGGAUGCCCAUCGCCAUGCUUCUACACACUGACGGCGAGCACGAGCGGCCAGGAGGUGAUGCAACUGUGACAAUAGCACACAGAUAUACCCCCAAAGAACAAUUGAAGAGCCAUACUCAGCUGGCAGAUAUUAUCAUAGUAGCUGCAGGUAUUCCAAAGUUGAUCACAUCUGAUAUGGUUAAAGAAGGCGCUGCUGUAAUUGAUGUGGGCAUCAAUUAUGUUCCUGACCCCCUGACAGGAAAGACAAAAUUAGUUGGAGAUGUGGACUUUGAAGCACUUCAAUAUGUUUAUGAGCAUGAAAUUCUCAGGAAAAUAAAGGCUACUCUGUUUCCUCCAUCAGCUGUUAAGAAGAAGGCUAGCUUUAUCACUCCAGUUCCCGGAGGCGUGGGACCCAUGACGGUGGUGAUGCUUCUGAAGAACACCCUUCUGGCAGCUAAAAAACUCACUUACUAGAUGACAGGAGAGACUGUAGCCAGCUCUAGUCAUGUUAUUUAUUUAUUUUGACAAAGGUCAAAAACCUUUCUAUUUUGCUACAAAGCUAUUUAUUUCUACAUUGUAUUUAUUUUUUCAUGGAUAGAAUCAUCAUGUAGUAAAUAAUUCCUUGUUUGUACUUCUUGCUAACAGAUCUUGAGUUUUUUUUUUUUGGGGGGUGGUCAAAGAGGGAGUGGGAACAGCAAAAUUUCCAAUGAAAACUUUGUUAACAGUUAUUUAUUUUUUGUGGGUAACCUUUGUCCAUCAUGUUAAAACAAUAAAGGGCUCAUAACAAAUGAAUAUAUUUUUGACACAAUUUAAUAUCACAAAGUAUGUUUUCAGCCAAGAAUGUUUUGUCAGCCAAAUGUGCAUCCAUGUAAAAUGCAAUUUAGAUUUGGCAUAAGUAUGCUCAGUUUUUAUGUAUUUUAUGGUCUAUGUAAUAUACUGGAAAAGAAGCUUCUUGCUAAAGGAAAGAUAAAAAUUAAUAAUAAAAUCUUGCUCCCAUAUAGUUCUCAAAUGUAUCCUAUGGGGCAUCUUAAUAAGGAUGGGUGCUCUAGGCAAGCAAAGGAAAAUACUCAAGGAAGGCAAAAAAUGCAGAGCUACUUAGAAAGCUAAUGACUAUUUCAAAUUGUAAAUGACUAUUUGACAUAAUAAAAAAUAUAACAUCAUGCAUUAGUCUUAUAGGUAAUCUUUCUACGUCUAGAAAAAAAAUAGUAUUUGGACAGUGCCUUCCUUGAGGAAUAUUGGAAAAUCCCCAAAUAAAUAAAUAUGGUAAGCAAAAGGUCAGGCUGUAUUUUUCUGCAAGUAUUCAAAAACAUGAUAAUAGUAAGAGUUAUAUUUUCAUUAAGAACUUUUGUUUAUUCACAAAUUCAGAUGUCUAAUGGAAAAAGUUAACACCUGUGCCAAAGCUAAAUGUUAGAAUAUAACUAAAAAUCUGCCGCACUCUUGUCCAGGGUUUUUCCUUCUUCCUUCUUCUAUUUGGUUCUCAAAAUAUAAUGGAUGCCAUAUUUUUAACAAAAUUUAAAUUAGGAAAUACAUAUGAAUGUCAGUUAAAGACACUCACGUAAUUGUAUUAUUUUCAUGUCUAAGCCCUAGUGUUGUUUACAAGCUAGUUAUGAUUCUUAACCCAAUGCAUGUUUUUAUCAGUGUGUACUUUCGUGUGUGUGAAACACUCUGUUUAUAAUUGAUAAUAUUUCAACUGGAUAAUAAAAGAGUUUGAAAAA